AGCAGAACAAAAGGCCAAGCCACCGACACACCCACCCUCUUGAGAAACGAUAAGAAAGCUUGAUUUUUUCCUUCUUUUCUUGUUCAAGAACAAGAUUUAGAACCUUGAAAUAUCUCCCCUGCAGAAAAAUUUUCAGAUCUGCUCUGCUUUUUCCUCUCUGUCCGUUGCUCUACUAUGUGGGUGUGAUUUUUUUUCAGGUUUUGAUCCCCUAAAUUCUCCUUCCAUUCCCGUCGGCUCCCCUAACCCGCCAGCUCCGGUUUGCUUGCUAGAUUUUUUGGUUCUUGAUUGUUCUAUCACCCUAGCACUUGGAGUGAAUUUUCUGUGUUAUGUGAUUGAGUGGGAGUUGUUAAACACUGGCCAUGACUUAUAAAUGAGACUACUACUUAAUCUUAUUCUGCAUUAACAGUUUAUCGUUGAACGCUUUGUUAUUGACUUAUAGAUGAGACUACUACUGAAUCUUAUUCUGCAUUAAUGGUUUAUCAUUGAAUGCUUUGUUAUUGACUUAUAGAUGAGACUACUACUGAAUCUUAUUCUACAUUAACGGUUUAUCAUUGAACGUUUUGUUAUGUUAAAUUGUUUAUCAGGCAUGCUUAAAUUUUACUCACGGGCUAUCCAUAUUUUUUCUUAUUGAGAUACCUUAUCUCAUAGUUUUCUUCGUCCACCAUUUUAGGAAGUGAGACCCGAGGCACAAUUAACCAGGGGGAGUGACAAGCUAGAAAGCUAGCUAGUAUUUUGGACUUAGAUCCUUUUGGACUUAGGCCAUUAGCCACAGAUGUUUGACAUAGAUGUGAAAUGAUAAAUCAUUUUUUUGUAUACUGAGUUUCCCUUGGUUAUAGCCAUGACUGUCUUAUAAACUGUUGUAAAGCUUGACUAGUAAAAUUUGGGUUACGAGCCUUGUGCAUUUGUGGGACUCGUUCACGAGUGCAUGGCGUCUAUUUCGCUUCUGGUUUUAGGGCGUGACAGAUUUUGUGGUAUCAGAGCCUAGGUUAAAAUUAAUUACCUAGGAUUUGUUUAGAACUUGGCUAGCCAAUGGAUUAUAGGAACAUGGUGAGGCAUGAGAGUGGGGUUGAUUAAGCGCACUUGUUUGAUUCCUUCUUUAAUAUGUGUUGGAUUUUAAUUAUUAGGUUUUGGUCGAGGAAGUGAAAACUUGCCGGGAAAUUCUAAUUUGGGGCACUUGAUUAAUAGUCUAUAAACCUUCUAUGUGGUUAUAGAUGGCUCCAAAACGGCGUGGGUGCUCGAGGGGUGGCCAUAAGGAUCAGGGCACUUCUUUAAUCCCAGCUACUAGCCCCUUUGCCCAAGCUACUCCUCAAGAGGGAGGGAUGAGUAACCCUCAAAUGGCCACUUUUGUUCAAGAACUUAUGACGGAGAUGAGACGCCAAGCAUCCUCUACCACAAGUGUUCCACCUCCAUCCCCAGUGGUUUCCACUCCUACGGCCCCUGCUCCUAUUUCUCUUGCUCCUAUAUCUUUUGCUCCUGCUGUGCCUAGUUGAAAGGUCUAUAUCGAAUUCCAGAAGGUGGUGACCAAGAAAUUUAAUGGUACUGCGGGUUUUGAGUAGGUGGGGUCAUGGAUUACUGAGAUUGUAAUACCCCCAAAAUUUUCAAGAACAUAAAGUUGAGUUAGGGACUUAAUGCCAUUUCCGCGUGUCUGCUCUGUUUCUUCUCUCUGCAGCCGGACAAACCAGCCAAGCUCGACCACACCCACUUGGAAAAAAAAAAAAAAAAUCGAAAUUUUCCAGAUCUGCUGCCUCUCCCCCCUCUGCCGCCGGCUGUUGCUGGGUAUAAGCUCCAGUUUUCCUGUGGUUCCGUGACUCCCCUGCAAUUUUCCAGCCGGCUCCUCCCAUACCGCCAGCUCCAGCCUUGCUUGCUAAGGAUUUUUGGUAGGUUAGCUCCUCUAAUCUCCGAAAAAUUGGUUGAUUAAGUGCUGAUUUGUGAGUUUAAGUGAUUGUAUGAAUUGGUGGGAUGUCCGAAAAUCUGCUGGGAAUAGGGGAUUGAUUUCCGGUAGCCUUGCAAUGGGUUUUAAGUUUAAUUAUGUAGGAAAUCCUCUAAUUUGGCUGCUGUGAUGAUGUAUGGAAGAAAAGAGAAAAAUCCCG